GCAGCUGCCACGUCUACGGUGACAUUUCUACACCCUCAGCCCACGACCCCAACGACGACUCGAAACCCUUAAAGAAGACUCGAACCUUUUAAAGACCCUUAAAAAAGACCAUUUCCCCAUCUUAAAGACAGUUCUAUAAAACGACCCUCUCAAACACUGGAAAAAAAAUCCCCAACUUAAGACAGCCUCUGCCUUGACGACCUCUUCCUGUGCCGACCUUGGGCUACGACCCCAUCAUCAUGACCACCAACGACACCAACCCCGACGACUACUCCGACUACCCCUUCGCCAACGAGACCUCCGACUGCCCCGCCAACGGAAGCGACGAGGCGAGCGAGUGGUGCGAGGAAUACGACCUGCCGGUGUUCCGCUACUCGCUCCCCGUCACCGUGCUCUACUGCGUCGCCUACGUGGUCGUGUCGCUCAUGGGCGUGGUGGGCAACAGCUUCGUCGUGGCGGUGGUCGUGAGGGCGCCCAGGAUGAGGACCGUCACCAACGUUUUCAUCGCUAACCUCGCCGUCGCGGACUUGCUCGUGAACAUCAUCGUCUUACCGACCACACUGAUCGCCAACACGCUUAGCGCUGAUCAAAGGCCGGGUUCCCUCUCCUGUGUCAGGGCUUAAAGAUCUUUAUGGAGAGAGAAUUACUGGCUUGCUUUUGCUUUCCCUUCAAACAUUACACUGUAAUAAAUCGUUGUUUCGUACAUCAUUUGUUUUGUUUGUAUUAUACUUAAUUUUUUUUCCCUUCUUUGAUCUCGUUUUCAAUAGAGUUUGUCUUAUCUAUUGAUAUAUAUUUUUCAAUCUAUCGUUAUU